AUGGCGCCCGCGCCCCUGGGCGCCCCGGAGCCGCCGCUCGCGCGCCGUGGCUCGCGACCCCUCUCCGGGCCGCCGUGGCUCGCCCCGGUGCUGCUGCUGCUCCUCCUCCCGCUGCCCGCCGCCCGCGCCGUCCUCUGCCCCGCGCCCUGCUCGUGCCGCGGCCCUCUGCUCGACUGCAGCCGCCGGAGGCUGCCCGCGCCCAGCUGGACUGCGCUGUCGGGCCCGCUGCCCCCCGCCGCCGCCAGCCUGGAUUUGAGUCAUAAUCGGCUGUCUAACUGGAACAUCAGCUUGGAAUCACAAACAUUACAAGGAGUGAAAAUGAAUUACAAUGAGCUGACAGAAAUUCCAUAUUUUGGAGAACCAACACCUAAUAUUACUCUACUUUCAUUAGUUCAUAAUUUAAUCCCAGAAAUAAAUGCAGAGGCAUUGCAGUUUUACCCUGCUCUUGAGAAUUUAGACCUCAGUUCCAAUCUCAUAUCAGAACUCAAGACAUCUUCAUUUCCUCGAAUGCAACUUAAAUACUUGAAUUUGAGUAACAAUAGGAUAGCCACUUUGGAGGCUGGUUGCUUUGAUAACUUAUCAAGCUCUUUAUUAGUGGUAAAGUUGAACCGGAACCGAAUUAGCAUGAUUCCACCUAAGAUCUUCAAGCUGCCUCACCUCCAGUUUUUGGAACUUAAAAGAAACAGGAUUAAAAUUGUAGAAGGUCUUACCUUCCAAGGGCUUGACUCCUUAAGAUCAUUGAAAAUGCAGCGGAAUGGAAUUAGCAAGCUGAAAGAUGGAGCAUUUUUUGGCUUGAAUAAUAUGGAAGAAUUAGAACUAGAACACAAUAACCUUACAGGAGUGAACAAGGGGUGGCUAUAUGGGCUGCGAAUGUUACAGCAACUGUAUGUGAGCCAAAAUGCUAUUGAGAAAAUCAGCCCUGAUGCGUGGGAGUUCUGCCAAAGACUCUCUGAACUCGAUUUAUCGUAUAAUCAGCUCACCCGCCUUGAUGAAUCUGCUUUUGUGGGUCUGAGUUUAUUGGAGAGAUUGAAUUUGGGGGACAACAGAGUCACUCACAUUGCUGAUGGUGUAUUUAGGUUUCUUUCCAAUCUUCAAACACUAGACUUGAGAAACAACGAAAUUUCAUGGGCUAUUGAAGAUGCCAGUGACGCCUUUGCUGGACUCUCCAGUCUCACUAAAUUAAUCUUACAAGGAAACCAGAUUAAAUCAAUUACAAAGAAAGCAUUCAUUGGUCUUGAAUCCCUUCAGCAUCUAGAUUUAAACAACAAUGCUAUAAUAUCUAUCCAAGAAAAUGCUUUUUCUCAGACUCACUUGAAAGAACUCAUUCUGAACACCAGCAGUUUGCUCUGUGAUUGUCAUUUGAAGUGGUUGCUUCAGUGGCUGGUUGAUAACAACUUCCAUCAUUCUGUGGGCGUGAGCUGUGCGCAUCCCGAGUGGCUGGCUGGGCAAAGCAUUCUGAAUGUGGACCUGAAAGAUUUUGUCUGCGAUGAUUUUCUGAAGCCACAGAUAAGGACACAUCCUGGAACCACUAUUGCUUUACGAGGUGUUAAUGUGACACUGACGUGUACUGCAGUGAGCAGCAGUGAUUCACCUAUGUCCACUGUGUGGCGCAAAGACAGUGAAAUCCUGUAUGACGUCGACAUUGAGAACUUUGUUCGCUAUCGACAGCAAGCUGGAGAAGCUCUGGAAUAUACUAGUAUCUUACAUCUCUUCAAUGUGAAUUUCACAGAUGAAGGAAAAUAUCAGUGUAUUGUUACUAAUCACUUUGGUUCCAAUUAUUCUCAGAAAGCCAAACUGACCGUGAAUGAAAUGCCAUCUUUUCUGAAAACUCCAAUGGAUCUAACUAUUCGCACUGGUGCCAUGGCCAGAUUAGAAUGUGCUGCAGAGGGGCACCCUGCACCUCAGAUUUCCUGGCAGAAAGACGGUGGUACUGACUUUCCUGCAGCUCGAGAAAGACGCAUGCAUGUCAUGCCUGAGGAUGAUGUCUUCUUUAUUGCCAAUGUGAAAAUAGAAGACAUGGGGAUCUACAGCUGCAUGGCACAAAAUAUAGCAGGAGGCCUCUCAGCAAAUGCCUCACUAACAGUGUUAGAGACCCCCUCAUUUAUUAGACCUCUGGAGGACAAGACAGUCACUCGGGGUGAAACAGCGGUGUUACAGUGUAUAGCUGGAGGGAGUCCUGCCCCUCGCCUCAACUGGACUAAAGAUGAUGGACCAUUGCUGGUUACAGAACGACACUUCUUUGCUGCAGCCAACCAGCUUCUCAUCAUUGUGGACACUGGGCUUGAAGAUGCUGGAAAAUAUACCUGCGUUAUGUCUAACACCCUUGGGACAGAACGUGGACAUAUUUACUUAAACGUUAUCUCAUCUCCCAAUUGUGACUCUUCUCAGAAUAGCAUUGGGCAUGAAGAUGAUGGCUGGACCACAGUUGGCAUUGUCAUCAUUGUUGUGGUCUGCUGCGUUGUGGGCACCUCUUUGAUCUGGGUCAUUGUCAUUUACCACAUGAGAAGGAAAAAUGAAGACUAUAGUAUCACAAACACGGAAGAGCUCAAUCUGCCUGCAGACAUUCCCAGCUACUUAUCUUCCCAAGGAACAUUGUCUGAGCCACAGGAAGGCUACAGCAACUCAGAGGCAGGGAGUCAUCAACAGCUUAUGCCUCCUGCCAAUGGUUAUGUACACAGAGGCACUGACGGUAGCACUGGGACCCGGGUGAUCUGUUCAGAUUGUUAUGACAAUGCCAACAUCUACUCGAGGACCCGCGAAUACUGUCCAUACACCUAUAUUGCCGAAGAAGAUGUUCUGGAUCAGACACUUUCCAGCCUCAUGGUUCCAGUGCCCAAAGAGACAUUUUUGUCACAUCCUCCCCAAGAUGCCAGUGCUCUGGACAGCCUGGUGCCAUCCACAGACAGAGAGUUGCCUGCCUUUCCCACCAACCACGAGAGGAUGAAUGAGAAGAAACUUCCCUCUGCACAGACGAGUAAUGAAGCCCUGCAGAGGCCCCUGUGGAACAUGAACAGAGAACUGGGCCUGCUUCCCUUUCCCCAGCAGCCUGUCCUGGAGUCACCACAGCUUCAUCGCCACGAAGGCCAGGUGGAGGGGGCUCUAAACUGCUCUUCCCCCAUGUCCUGCCACAGGUUUCAUGACCGCGCUUUCGAUUUUAGUAGAACUCAGAACAUUCAGGAAGGUAGUGAGGGCACAUGAAGCCCAGUCCAGGAUGAAAUCUGGGAAGAGACUCAAGUUGAUUUCGUAUCUACUACCUCAGAGUCGAGAAGAAACGCUAGUCAGCAUUUGCUUUCCACUUUGUUCCUAAUUACACCUGACCACACCAAGGUAGGCCUGGAGUGUGUUUGGGCUUAUCCCCGGCGAAAGACGAGUGUAAUGGCUGACAUAAAUGUGUGUCACACUGAAAAUACACAGCAGUGGCAGAGGAAGAUAGGAGGCAAAAGUGCCUCCUGGGACGUGCCCAGGUAUGUACUGCCUAUCAGGAAGAUCUGAUUGCUGCUUAGCCUACUGGAUUGCCCAGUCCUCAGAAUGGUCCUGAGAAAAAGCAUUGCUACCUUUGAGAUUCUACUUUGCCUUCCAUGGAGCAAAAACUAACUCUGGGACCCUUUGGAAAGCAUACCUGGGAUUCUUCAGUGAGUUUAAGCAGGUGGUAGAGACUGGGGCUUUGAUAUUCAAGGUCUUCAGUAAGAACCCCAGAGUUGACUAACUGGUACCAGGUCAAAGGUUUUUUGUAUUCUUGUGACUUUUUUUAAUCCCUAUUGGCUAGGGAUAUCAUCAUAAAUAUAUAUGCAUUUAUAAAUUUUCUAUUCAUUGACCCUGUGUGUUGACCGCAAUGUAAAUAUUUUUGAUAUGCCAAAGCUAUAAAUAAUGUCUAUCAAGUUACAUUGACAGCAGUUUCUCAGAUCACAGGUGGAUUUUUGUAUAACUUAGCUAGAUGAGAUUUUAAGAACUUUGUUUCAAGGUCUAAAAUGAUUUGUGCAAAACUAUAUGUAUAGAGGCAGGGUACUUAGAGAUUGCAUACACACAAACACAGUCUUGGUGUAAUUAUCUGCUUUCUUUGUGCCUAGAUAUUCACACAUCCAAUCAUUUGCCAUCUGAGUUCAAGUGCCAGGCGAUAAUCCCUUUCUAACAUAAUAGGGAAGCUUGGCUCUUUCAGAGCCUGGCAGCUCUGUUACAACCUUUAAAUAUAGAAGUCUUGUUUGGAAUUACCUUCUUUCAGCAAAGUACUUUGUUGACAAAGAAACCAAAGAUUCUUUUCUAUGUUUGUUUUUCAUUCCUGUUAUUAAUUCCAAGCAUAUCUUAAGAAGGGAAGAGUGCUCUUGAAAGUAGAAGAACAUAAAAAAUUUUCUAUGCCAUGUAGAUUGGGAAUGGUACUUGUUAUGUAUGUUGUUAUUUAAGUCAAAAAGUUUCUUGAGCAGGGUGUGAUGCCACAUGUCUUUAAUCCCAGCACUUGGGAGGCAGAGGUAGGAGGAUUACCAUGACUUUGAGGAUACCCUGAGACUAAUUCCAGGUCAGCCUGGGCUAGAGUGAGACCCCCCAUUUUGAAAAACCAAGAUAAAAGAAAGUCUUGAAUUUUUGACAGCAAAGAGUUUUAUGUAAAAGAAGAACUUAAGUCAGUGAAAAGCAGUAGGUGGAAGUUGUGCUUUCAGAUGUCCUGACACAGGCAGUUAAUUCUAUCCUGAAAUCCAGCAUUAGUUAUUUGCUAGAUGACUUCAGUCUCUUGAAAACAUCUAUUUGUACAUCAUUGAGCAUUCUGGGUUCCAGGUGCACACAGUUUCUCAGCUUCUUGUCAGAAUGCUUAGCUGGAUUUCAUACUUCUUUCCCACCAAAUUUUUCUCCUGUGGAGAGUGCCAUUUCUUUAGUUGCUUACUACCCCAUAUUUUUCUGUAUUUUUGAACUGUCACAUUGUACCUGUCUUCAUCUUAAACUUUUUUGGGGAGGGAGGGGGUUGUAAGUAGAGUCUCACUCUAGCCCAGGCUGACCUGGAAUUCACUAUGUAGCCUCAAGAUGGCCUUGAACUCAGAGUGAUUCUCCCACUUCUGCCUCCCAAGUGGCGGGAUUAAAGGUGUGUACCACCACGCCUGGCUUAUACUUCAUUUUAUUUUACUUUUUAUGCAUUUAUAGUUUAUGCUGAUCUGACCAGAACUAGAAAACUGGGUCCCUUCUUAGCUCUGUUCCUUGCUAGCUGUGUAAUCAAGGGGAGAGAGUGUUUUGUUUUGUUUUUUUCUCUAGGUCGGCCUUUUUUUAUUUUUGAAAAGAGCCAUUUUGCUAGAUGCUUUAAACCCCUUGCCACCUAUAACAUCCAGUGAAUCAGCAAUUCCCUCCAGGAACCAAAGAGGAUUAUGCUACUUUAAUAAAGAGCUGCUUUUGUGAAGUAUUUUGUUAGCAUAGAGCAAGGAUGAUGCUUUUGUUAUAACAUUAGCCAUAUUUAUUUUCUCUAUGUUAGGAGUAAGUCUAAGAAAUGCGAAGGAGGGGGGCUAGAGAGUGGGCUUCAUGGUUAAGAUACUUGCCUGCAAAGCCAAAGGACCCAGGUUUGAUUUCCCAGGACCCACGUAAGUUAGAUGCACAAGGUGGCAUAAGCAUCUGGAGUUUGUUAGCCAAGACUAGAGGCCCAUUCUCUGUCUGCCUCUUUCUCUCUCUAUUUCUCUGAAAUAAAUACAGAUUUAAAAAAAAUUCUCAGGAAGAAAAAGAUUCUGCUUCUGAAUAAUAACCAGUAAUAAUAACCUAAGGAAUCUUGUCUGUGAUGAAAAAUCACCCACUGCUCUCUGGAAUAGCAGGUCUAUGAGACACACACGCACACACAUGUUCUAGCACACCAGUGUGUCAGGGUUAUUAGCUGAGGGGGUGCUGCGACUAAUUUAUAACUCGCUGAUGCUUCACUUCCUUUAUGAUGCAUUCAGUUGCAGUCCUAAGUGGCAAGUGUGGAGUUGGGGCGAGGCUGGCCUGUGCACCACGGUUGGCGCUUGACAGGAAGGUGGAAAGCAGGCUGCGAGCCAGUGCUCCUGCAGGGGUGCAGCCUCCAUGCUUCGGCCAGGGGUGUCUCCAUUAUGUUGACUAAACAUUUGAAACCUUCCCCCAAGUAUUCCUGGCUUGCCUAAAUAACUAGUCAAGAUUCUAUUUAUGAAUGAAGAGCAUGCCUCUGCUCUUAAUAACAAUUUUUAAUCCUGUGAAAAGGAAUUUCUGAAACAACUUCAUGAAAUACGGUUUUGAUGAAGUGGUGCUCUGCCCUCCAUUAGAGACAAGGCUUGUGGCACAUCAGUAAAGUGUCCACCAAAUGCUGGCGGGCAGGCUCGGCGCAAAGCCAGUCAAACAAAUGCCCUCUUAGACUGGUUCUCCCGAAUCUUCUUGUUAGGUGGCAUUGUCAUGACACUCCAAGUCUUGUUGGGACAGGAUCGACACCAGAGCCACUGGCUGUCAGUCAUACCCUCAUUCAAACUACUUUCUCACAUAGGAUGUACCUGAAACCCUGCCCAGUGGACCAUCGCCCCUAAAAUGCCAGAAUGCGUGUGUACUCAGUAGCUAGCUUCAUAUUUAAAAUCUGUUGGCUGCAUAUUGUCCUCCAAGGGUUUGCGAAAGGACCAUUUCAACAAGCAAUUUAGACACAGUUUUCCUGUGAAAAGACAUUGACAGAUGUCUUUACACAUCAUAAGAAGUGACAAGGCAGCAUUCAUCUGUGUGGAGGUGUUGUACACACUUACUGGUCUGUAUAAGUAACUCUGUGGAUAAUUGAAACAAUCAGCCAUUUGGGGGAAGGCAUAUACAGAAGCUCAGGCAUCUCUUAGUGUGGAAGAGAUGCCUAUGCUGAGGUGGAAUGUAGAUCAGGUGACUAUCAAGUCUCCAAAUGCUCCCUGACAGCUCACUUUUUUUACCCUUGAAUAUUUUGUGUUCACUUUAUCAUACUUAA